AUGAAGACGAAGAAGGUGGUCGAAGCUGUAAAGGCUUUGGCCGCGAAGAAGAGAGCGGAGGCCGCUGCAAGGCGAACCAAGGCCAUCAAGCCUGAAUCCCAGAAGCCAGUGAAGAGUGGCUUGAAGAGCAAGGUUCUGAAGAAGACCGGGCUCAAGACUCUCGCGGAGCGACAGCUCGAGAGCAAGGUCUCCAGGACGGGCCUCCGAGGUCAGAAGGCACAGAAGGCGGCCACUCGAAUGCUGCAGAAAGGCAGCACGGUGGUCUGGGUCGUCCAGACACCCGGCUUGAACUACUGCGUGCCAGGCUCAGCACAUGUCACGGAAGACGAAUGCAUGCUCUACGCGGACUGGGAAACAAGCCAGCGGCAACAGCGAAACGCCACGGGUGAGUGGGCAGGAUUCGACAACUACAGCACAGAGUCUUCUCAGUAUAACGCCGGAUGUUCCCUGUGGUGCUAUCCAGAUGAGUCAUACUGUGGAGUCUUUUACAACAAGUUGGAGGGCAUGGGCAAUAACUGGUCGAGCACUGCCUGCAAAGAGGUGACCUCUUGCAGAUUCGACGAGCUCGGCUCCUGCAACGCGAGUAUCGAAUAUGCGAACGCCACCAUCGUCCUCGACAGCAACAGCACCAAAGACAUUCAGUCGAACUGCGGAGCAGCAAUGGAGCUGAUGUACUGCUUCGAUCAAUUCUCCUGCUGCCACGAACUGGAGUACCGCGUCCCGGCAAGGCUCCUGGAAUUCGAUAUUGAGGUAUGCAAGACGAUGGGCUUCAGUUUGCCCGAAUGUGAGGAGCCAGUAUCCUUCGACCCAAACCCGUGGCAAACCUCUUGGCCCUACACCUUCGAUCCUGUUCCUGGCUGCUCAAGCGGCACGGAAUCCGUUGGCUGGGACGCGUGCAAAGAGUAUGCCUACGCCAACGGCUUCGGGUUUUAUGAGGACUAUUCUCGAGAAUCCGCAGAAGGCUGCUUUCAGUACACCAACAUUGACGGGGCCACGGCCGUCAGGUACAACAAGAUGGAUUUAGAGAUCGGCAACGGGCUUAUGGACGGCGCUUUCCAUUUUUCUGUCUGCAAGGCGGACUCUGGUGGCUAUGGAACUGGCGGCUCCAGCGGCUAUGGCCCUGACAUGGUCUGCAGCCAUGAGAAGUUCUUCGAAUGCUCGAAGGAGAUUGAGGCUGGCGCAUUGUUGCUAGAAUCCUUGAUGUGGAAGAACUGGACCAUGAACGACACCUUGGCUACUUGCAGCGCCGGGAUGGAGAUCGAAAUGUGUAUGUACAAGGUAGACUGCUGCUUCGAGUGGGAGCCCUUCCUUCUCAAUGUGAGCGCAGACCUCUACCAGUACUACAUGUCGGGAGGUCUCGUAAUGUGCCCCCUCGUGGACCCGUCCUAUGUCGAGUAUUGCUCGUUUGCGAGCACCACGACAACAUCUACCCAGUAUGACGGCUACGACGACGAGGUUUUCCUGCCUCCGGGCCUUAACUUCAGCAGUGAACCGAUGGAAUGCCCGGCGAAUCACAUGCGUGUCUACGACUUGGUGCAUUGCCAGGCUGCCGCACAAGCGAUUGGUCAAAGGGUGUUUGAGGAGACCCCCAAUGAUCAGUGGCCGGCAGGCUGCUAUGUGUAUGGCUCGAUGUGGUAUUUCAACUCGGGUUCAGGCGGCUACUACGAUUCCCCUAGUGUCCGGCUCCUCUGCGAAAAGGGGUGCGACUACCAGGAGUGGGAACCUUGUAAUGCGAGCAUGACCCAACUCGGCGCCCAAUAUUCCGGCUACACCCACAAAGACAACCUCACGAAGGAUGAGAAAAUGCACUAUUGUUCCGUGACGCAGAAUGGCUCGUGGUGUCUUGGCCACUCCGGCUGCUGUACGAGUGUGUUUCCUCAUGCAAUCCCUGAGACUUUUUUCGUCAUCGACGCCUGGGAAGUCUGCCAAGAUGUGGGUGAGACCCUUCCCCCUCUCUGGUGUGCAAUGGAGGAGGACUCUGAUGACGGGUACGGCAAGGGUGGCGGAUACGGCAAUGGUCCUCCUGAUCUUGGUGACUGCAACCUCGAGCAAGCCGCUCUCUGCGCGCUGUCUCUCAUUGGAUUCGGCCCUGACGCUGGAACAACUCCUGAGCUCUGCCAGGCCACGAACCUCUAUUACCAGUGUCUGGGAGGUGCUGGCUGCUGUGACCUCGUUUCGUCUGCGCAGCCUACAAACGAGUCCGAGCUGAUUGCGGCGGCGUGCAGCGGGCUCGGGGAGCCUAUUGUGGAUUGCGAGGGUGGCGAUUCCGGCUCUGGCGGCGAGUGCGAUGUGUUUGCCCUCGCGGAAUGCUCGGCGGGCCUUAGCUCAUGGGACGCUCCUCCUACGGACCCGAACCAGAUCACGGAGUUCUGUGAGGACUACAAGUCCUACUGGCAGUGCCAGCUGUCCUAUCCUUGCUGCGGUUACAUCGAAACCAUCGUGGAAGCGCAGCCUGAGGUGAAAGAGCUGGAGGAGAUGGCGACCACUAUGUGCGAAACGUUCGGCGUCGACAUUGUCACCUGCGCUGACCACGAUGGCUUCUAUGGUGGCUACGGCGGCUACGGUGGCCAUGACGGUGACGGCAAAGGAGUGGAGUGCGGCUUUGACGAGCAGUUGUGCUACGUGCAUCAGUAUUCUCCAGAUGGUGAGAUCGACUGGGAUCUCACUGACAAGCAAGAUCCCGUCUGCGUCGCGUGGGACGAAAGCUGCCCUUGCAAUACCCAAUGGGAGGAGGAGUGCGAGAGCUUCGGCUAUACGUACUGCGAAGCGAAAUCGAUCGGAUGCUUUGACCCCUUCGAUGUCGAAUGCGCUGAGAGUGAGGUCAAGUGCCAGGACGCGACUGGCGCAUACUGCUGGGACCCAAUGUGGGGAAGCUGCCCGGUGUCCUGCACAGGCAACGAGACGCUCUGCUCCGGCAUGGUCUACACUGAGUCCGGCGAAGUCAACCAUUCGGCUCCGGAGAGACAGUUCUGCGCUGCUGCAGACACUGGUUGCCCCUGUGAUCCACAGUGGGAGAAGAAGUGCAGCGACCCCUGGGGUUUCAGCUGGUGCGUGCCGGGCCACGAGACCUGUCCUCUCUACUGCGCCGACGAUGAGAAGGAGUGUUUCUUCACGCCCUAUGGAGCCGACGGAUUCCCGGAUUGGGAGCUGCCGCACAACCAGACAUGCGUGCCGGCGGAUCAGCCGUGCCCUUGUCACCCCACCUUCGAAGAUCGCUGCGAAAAUGAGUUUGACUCCUACUGCGAAGCGAAGGUAUGGGGCGGAUGCCCAGUGUACUGCACUUCGGAUCAGAUCACGUGCUGGGUGACGCCAUACAAGGCCGACGGCACCAUCGACGACGAAGGCUGGACGGAGAGUUGCGCCGACGCGGUCGACGGUUGCCCUUGUGAUCCUGUCUGGGAGCAGAAGUGCACCUACGCCGGUGUGAACUUCUGCGAAUCCAUCAGCCAUGCAUGCCCGGUGGAUUGCGGCGACUUCGGGACCUGCUGGCACUGGUUGUCCGGAAAUGAGUCCUGUGCCACCGAUACCGGCUGUGUUUGCGAGUCCAACGAGAUCAGCUGCACCAACGUGGACACAAACCUGACGGAGUGCUUCCCAGCAUCCUAUUAUCCCAACGGUUGCCCGCUCGAAUGCAGACACGACCAGAUUUAUUGCUCCAUCGUCUCUUUCGACACUAACGGAUUGAUGCUCUGGGAGGAUUACUGCGAGGACGGCGAGGCCAACGACUGGCAUUGCCCGGUGAUCUGCAAAGCCGACAGCGCACAGAAGUGCGGCUCCGGGUUCGACGAGUACUGCGUAUCUCUCGGAGAGACUUGCCCUUUGAUUUGCGAGGAGCAGUACUGCUGGACCGACAACUUUGCGGCGAACGGUGAUUGGUUGGGCACCACGGAGUCCUGCGCUGCAUGGGGUGAGCAAUGCCCAUGUGGAGCAGAAUCUGUCCGGUGCACUGACCCAAACAACCCUGACGACUCCUGGUGCAGCCCAACCUUCUACGGCUGCCCGCUCAUCUGCAACGAGCUCACCGAGAAGACGUGCUUUCCCAUCUCAUUCACACCGGAGGGUCGUGCCCCUGUGGCGCGAAUGCAAAGAUGUGCCGGUGGACGGACGACUUCGGGCUGGAGAACGAAGAGUGCUUCCCGACAGCAGACAACUGCCCUGUGA